UAUGCGAUAAUAUUCAGCUCAAUAUAGAAACAUAACUCAGAACAGUUAUAUCUCAACUUGUAUGUUCAGAUUGUUUCUUCUAGGUAUAAAUUAAAAUUUUCUCUAUUCUGACGAGAAUAUUUGUCUUAAAUGUUGUGAACAAACAUGUACGAAAGCAGACUUAUUUGGAAAUAGAUUUGGAUAACAUGGAUUGUCUUUGCCAUGCUUUACGGAAACAGGCAUGCAACAAGAAACCUAAACAAGAAGAUGGUGAAACAACGAUGGAUAAAGCCAGCGUAUGCUCAAGACACGAUGUGGAAAAGAUUUUUGAUUCCGAAAUACGUGAGUUGUUCCGAUUGUUUGACACAAACAACGAUCGGUCCAUAUCACUGCAGGAGCUGGGCAAGGCGAUGAGGUUUCUUGGGAUGUCACCUUCAGAACAAGAGAUAACUGACGCCAUGAGUGCCUUGGACACAAACGAAAAUGGCAGGAUCGAGUUUCAAGAAUUUUACAAAUUUAUGCAAGCAGAGAGGACUAAACUGAAUGAAGCAGAUUUCACCAACAAUCAAGACACUGUACGCUCAGCAUUCCGGACGUUUGAUAAGGAUGGAAAUGGAUACAUUGACGAGCAGGAAUUAAGAAUUGCAAUGAAGAAGUUAGGUGAAGCAUUGACUGACAAGGAGCUGGACGAUAUGAUGAAAGAAGCUGAUGUCGAUGAGGAUGGUAAAAUCAAUUAUGAAGAGUUCGUUAAGAUAUGGUGUGGUGAAACAACUUGAGGAACUCCUAUCCUGCUACAUAGUUAUCAUUUACAUUAAAUGGACUGGCAUUAUGCAUCCUUUGUAAAUAUUUUGCAUUAUAAUGGAA